CGUCCAAAACCUGAAAACUGACAUAGGGUUUUCGGUUUAAUUCAAUUUUGUUUGACAAAAAUUCUGGGUUUUCGUCGAAACAAAAAUGGGCAAAAAGAAAGUCGAAGACGACACCUUUCCAGCGUCCCCCUCCAUCUUCACAACCCUAUUUGGCGGCGUCACUGAAGAAAACGCCGCCGUUUCGUCCUUCUUCUCAGACAACAAUCCCUACAAAAGAAAAAGCCAAGAUUCGCAAUCGGGGGCUGAGCCUGCUGUAAACCCUAAGAACUCCUACUCUUCGGAAUCUAACAUCGCUGAGCUGAAGAAAUCUAAGAAGAUAAAAGAGGAAAAUCCCAAUCUUGAUUUACAUGUUGAAGAAGCCAUUCAGGCCCCUCAAAAAUCUAAUUUGAACGACCGAGAAGUUACAAGCGAAGGGAGUGAAAAGAGGAAGAGAAAGAAGAGGAAGAGAGAUGAGGUGGAGAGAGAAUACGAGGAGAAAAAAUAUGGAGCAAAAGCUGAAGAAGUAGAGAAGGUGGUGGUGGGAGAGAAGAGAAAGAAAGCAGAGAAUGAUGCGGGCGAUAUAUUGGCGACUUCGAAAGAUGAAGGGUUUGAUGAUGAGAAUAAGCUCCUGAGGACUGUUUUUGUUGGGAAUUUACCUUUGAAGGUCAAGAAGAAGCAUCUAUUGAAGGAGUUUAGUAAGUUUGGGGAAAUUGAAUCAAUAAGGAUUCGCUCUGUACCAAUCUUAGAUACUAAAACACCAAGGAAGGGAGCUAUACUGCAAAAGCAAAUCAAUGAAGACGCAGACAGUGUUCAUGCCUACAUUGUUUUCAAGUUAGAGCAAUCUGCUGAGGCUGCUUUGUCCCAUAACAUGGCUGUGGUUGGAGGAAAUCAUGUUCGUGUAGACAGGGCCUGCCCACCACGCAAGAAGUUGAAGGGGGAGAAUGGUCCACUUUAUGAUAACAAGAGGACUGUAUUUGUGGGCAACCUCCCAUUUGAUGUAAAGGAUGAAGAAAUUUAUCAGCUCUUUUGUGGUCUUAACAAUUUGGGAUCCAGUGUUGAAGCUGUCCGAGUUAUUAGACAUCCUCAUAUGAGGGUGGGAAAGGGCAUUGCUUAUGUCUUAUUUAAAACAAGGGAAGUUGCAAAUUUGGUUGUUAAAAAGCGUAACAUAAAGCUUCGGGAUAGGGAGCUAAGGCUUUCUCAUACUGGGCAGAAUUCCACCCCAUCUAAGAGAAAGAAUGUAGCACCUGCUGUUAAUACCCCUUCCAAGAAAUUUGCAAUGGAUUCAAGGAGUCCAGGAAGUGCCAAUCAGUCAAAUUCAAAGUCUACUUUGUCAUACCAGGGUUUGAGGGCUAGCAAAUCUGGCAUACAAAAGAAAGUCCAUUCAGGGAGCAGUAGAUCGGAUAAGAUGAUGAAAACAAAAGUUCAGAAAGGAGAGAAGGCAAAAAUACGGCAGGAGAAAAGACCAGCUGUUGCUCUGAGGAAGGCAAGGGCGAAUGCUUCAAAGGAUGGUCUUGCUCCAAAACAAUUAGGGGCAAAACGCAAGCUGGACAGCCAGACUCCAGAUAGUUCUCAGAGGAAGAAGAAAGCCAAGAGAUUUAGGUAGCGGCAGAUGAAAGAUGUUAUAGUGCACAGGAGUAAGAUAUAGGCAUUAGCUCUGUGCUGAUGGUUUAACAGUGUACCCAAUGAUUUGUAUCAUGGAUAUGGAAGCCUGUAUCAGUAUGUUAACAUAGUUAUCAGUUAUUUGAAAGUGUUAUGACAA